AGAUGCGCCUCCACGUGAUGCUAAGGGCGACUACAACUCUGGGGUCGACUGAUAUAAUACGUCUGAUAUUUCAAAGACUAUCGCGCCGCUAAGUCGCAUUAGCCUCUCGAAAAUACUAGUCCUCAGAACUCGUGGCAUUGUGUCAGCCAACAACACGGAUCAUAUUUACUUCUUCGAUUUACGACUGGAUAUCGAUCCUCGAUGUUCUCGUCUCGGCAGAUUGUGACGUGGCCAGGAUGAGUGGCUGAUAUUGGCUAACCAAUUAGCGAAGAAAGCCUCCGCACCGAAGGACCUGUCGGCGGCAGGUGAGCCUCAUUCGCAACGGGUAGUUUAGGCAGGGCGCGCCCCGCCUAUGUUUUGCAUCAAUUCGAAAGCUGUCGUCGGUAAUGGCAAGCCCUCACGGACCAACUCCCGGGGGGUGGUCGUUCGACGCGCAGCGAGGAACUUACUACCAGUAUGACGCGCAGAAGCGCCAGUACGUGUACGCUGAUAGCCUAAUCGUACCGCAGACUAGUUACUCGAAACCGCAUAUUGUCGCACCCGCACAUCGAGGAUACGAUCAACCAAUGCAUACAAACUAUGCACCUCCACCACCACCUCCACCUCCUCCACAUCAUCCACCUCCUCCACAUCAUCCACCUCCUCUCCCAACCUACUAUUCAGAUAGGCAGACUUACGUGAAUACCGCUCCUCCAUCACCAUCUCCUCCACCUCCACCUCCACCAAGGGAUGUCAAUCUAUCCACUACUUCUCCGCAGUACCACUCAAGUGGGUCAAGUUAUGUACCCAUGCCUUCGCGUUCGCUUGAGUCAGGGUAUCCGCCAAGAGAUCCUCGCUAUGUGCAGGCAUUACCCAGCUUGCAAUAUGGUCAACUUGCACAUCAAUCCCACUUGGCGCCCCCUUCCCCCUACAUCGCAACAGGGGCGUAUAGCAAUGGUGGAUCGGGUGAUGACCAAAACGAUAGAAACCGGCACGGUAGAAACCAUUUCCAGGACAACAAUCCCCCAGCAGGCGGGGGUCAGCCAAACCGUCACGACCGCAUAGACGACGGCGACGAAACUCAAGCACUGCCGAGGUAUUAUUUCCCCCCGGACGGCGGCUGAGUAGCACUGUGAAUGACGUUCUGGUCAAAUUCCUUUCUCUUUCUUUGUAACGAUUUCGACGCGCAUUCCAUAUCUUCCCUCCCCGCAUCGUCGCUGGCGAUGACCGCUUGCAUAACCGUGCUGUUCAUACUGUAGGACUUCUAGGAUUUC